CAACAACAACAACUCGGGGGGGGGGCUUGUAGGGUUAACAACGCUGCCUGAGGCGGGGAGAGAAGCGUCCGGCACCGGGUGGUGGGAGAUGCUGAUUAACAUCUGAGGUGACGGUUAAGCUGCACGCGAAAAAAAGAGAAGCCCGCCGGCCUCAUCCGUGAGGACGCCUGAUGUGUAACCACUUGUGGGGCGGAAUGUCACAGACGAGGGGACCCCACCACAGUUCAGGAGUGUCGUUUGGUCCUGGAGAAGGUGGUGUGGACGUGCCUGUGAUGACUGAGUCACUGGAGAAUGGAGCCAGCUCAACUGAAGAUGAGGAUCUGGAGGAGCAUCCGUGCAUCCAGUGGACAGGGAGCAGCCACAAGAUCCCUAUCUUCAUAUUCCAUGCAGAGGGCAUUGUCACCAAGGACACAGCCUUGCUCCACGUUGGUAAUCGUUAUCACCUGUCGUUUAAGAUCGUUCGCACGGAGAGCAGGCUGGUUCGCAACAUUCUCUCUGCUCAUGGCUUCCAGGAGGUCAAUCCCAACAGUAAUGACUUCAACCUCAUGUGGACAGGCACCCAUCUCAAGCCCCAGCACUUGCGCACUCUCUUGGACUUUCAGAAAGUCAAUCACUUCCCGAGAUCCUAUGAGCUGACCAGGAAGGAUCGUCUGUAUAAGAAUAUCCAGCGGAUGCAACAACUGCACGGCUUUAAGAAUUUCAGCAUUGUUCCUCAGACCUUCGUCCUUCCCACUGAGUUCCAGGAGCUGUACAAUGCGAACAUGAAGGAUAAAGGGCCGUGGAUUGUCAAGCCAGUGGCGUCAUCCCGGGGCCGUGGCGUGUACCUGGUCAGCAACCCAGUCCAGAUCAUCACUGAUGAGAGUAUCCUGGUGUCGCGCUACAUUCGAUCCCCGCUGCUGAUUGAUGGCUUCAAGUUUGACAUGAGGCUGUACGUGCUGGUGACGUCAUACGAACCACUGGUAGUUUAUUUGUAUGAGGAAGGGCUCACAAGGUUUGCCACCGUGAAGUACGACCAUGGGAUGAAGAACAUCAGGAACCAGUUUAUGCACCUGACCAAUUACAGUAUCAACAAGAAAAGCCUUGACUACGUCAGUUGUGAUGACCCAGAAGUGGAGGACUAUGGUAACAAGUGGAGUAUGAGCGCCAUGCUACGAUACCUGAAGCAGGAGGGGAGGGACACUAUGGCUCUGAUGGCUCAGAUUGAGGAUCUGGUGAUUAAGACGAUCAUUGCUGCCGAGCUUCCCAUCGCCACAGCAUGCAAGAUGUUUGUUCCUCACAGAAGAAACUGCUUUGAGCUUUAUGGCUUCGAUGUCUUGGUUGACUCAAGCAUGAAACCGUGGCUGCUGGAGGUCAAUCUGUCCCCGUCACUUGCUUGUGAUGCCCCUCUGGAUCUGAAGAUUAAAGCCAGCAUGUUAUCUGACAUGUUCACCUUAGUGGGAUUUGUCUGUCACAACCCAAUGGCACGACACGUCAAGUCAAUGAAGACUUCCUUCAAUUUCCCUACCCGAUCUCAGGCCCACCGAGUGCCACAGCGCCCAAUGUCUGCAAGCACUAUGGAGCCGAACAGCAAGGCUGCCCCGGGGAAGGAGACAGCUGGUGGGGUGCAGGCUCCUAGCUGUCUGGGGCUGACCUUGGAGCAGGUGAAGCUGGUGCGUAAUGUGAAGGAAGAGAACGAUAGACGUGGGGGAUUUCUGCGGAUAUUUCCCACUGCUCACACUUGGAAGCUUUAUGGCCCCUACAUGGAGCAUAAAACACCCCUUAACUACCUGCUGGUCUCCAAUCUCUUCCCAGAUAGGGUGAUGAAGCAGGUUGUAUCAGCCAGAGCACGCAGUGGAACAGAGUCAGCGCUGGAUGUGCUGGGUGUGGACAGUUGGAAGCACGCGGUUCAGUACGAGAGGAAGCUGCUGUCACUGGAUGACAGGAGGAGGAGGAGGAGGAGACAGAAAUAUUUCCCAUCACAAAAACUCACAGAAGCUUCUAGAAUCCUGAAGAAGUCUCCUCGGGCUGGAGUGGAGUGGGAUGUGGAGGAGAACGAGGAAGAUGAGGAAUCAUCUGCGGAGGAGGCGGAGGUUUGUGGCCUCGCAGCUCUGCAGCCACUCGGGGGUAGCAAGACGGUCAGGCUGACACUGUCCAAUCUGGGCCAGGCGGUUGGAGAGCAGGCAUGGACACAGGCCAAGCAGCAGGAACCCAGCCGAAGCCAACCCAAGCUCCUGGAGAGGUUACAGAAAGAUCGCAGUCUGAGCAAGGUACAGGCUAGGCUGGCCUUCUCCGCUUACUUACGCCGUGUCCAGCUGCGCUUGGCCAAGGACAGCAAGGCUCCCCCCUCAGGGCAGGAGGAUGAGCAAAUGGAGCUGGUGAUUCGCUUUUUGAAGCGAGCAGCCAGCAAUCUCCAUCACACCAUCAAGGUGAUCUUCCCCAGCCAGCGCCUGCCUGUCUCCGAGCGCAGAUACAUCCUGGCCCAGCAGCUGGCAGACUUCAUCCACUGCUAUAACAAGGAGACUGACCAAAUGGUUCAGAGAAGCCAGAUGGAGCUGAAGCAGGAGAAUUGCGUCCAGCAGGAGGAAUUCCAAGCAUUUGUUAGUGAAGCCAGUGAGAGUGAUCUGGAGGAAGUGCUGACUUUCUACACACGCAGGACCAAAUCAGCCAGCGUCUUCCUGGGGAGCCAAGUGAAGGAGGAGAGGCCAGAGAGCAGGAGCCAACUUUGUGAAGGCAGUAACCCACAGGAUUAUCCAGGGCCAAAGCAGGGACAAUCAAAGGUGUCGAAUUGGUCAGUCAAUGUGGAGGAUCUCCCUGCACACAGCUCCCUAAUAAAGUGUAUCCGCCUGAACUCUAGCCAGCACGUGUACCUUCCCUCCACAGCCCUGGACCGGGCAGAGACCCUCCACCAGUUGCCCUCCGUGGCACCAAUACUCGACCAGAUGACGUUCCUAAAUUCCAACCCCUCCCAAGGUUUUGUGGCUGGGGCCAGGGCUACCUCUCUGGCCGGUAGGCCAGGCUCCACUACCUCACCUUCUCAUCCAACACAGAUCCACGACACUACCCAGUACCUCAGGACCGGCAGCCAUUACCCCGAAGUUCCCAGCUCCUCCUUACAGGCAGCAGCUCCCAUUUAUGACCAGAAGUAUUCCCGGCCCAUCUCUGCCAUCGUCGGAUUGGGUGAGUGGUAUCCCCAGAGACAGCGCCCAGGCUCAGCUGGCCUGUUUGGUGAGGGUGACCACCGACCCACUCACUGCCGAGAGAUUAACAACGAGGCCAUCUCCUCGGCACUGCGUCGCCUCACAGAGAAACAGGCAGCACGUCAAUACGCACCCUCCAGCCAUGUCACUCUCCUCACCCAGCAUUUAUCUAACAUGAACUUGACAAAUGGAGCACCGACCCGCAGCAAUGUUGUAAUGGUGCCCGCGGCCCGAACUCCAGGCUAUGAUUCAGAUCCGGUCCAGGGUUUGCACACAGCCCUUCAGACCCCCAACUGUGGUGGAGCAGACAGGACCACGUCUACAGCCUCCAGGUAAGGCCCAGCCCCACUGUGUUCAUCAAGAGCAAACCCAGUGA